AUGCCCCGUCAACUUUUGGCUACUCGUUUCGUUACCAUCCCUGAUGAUGUCAAAGUCGUCCUUGAUGGCCGUAAGGUCACCGUCAGCGGCAAGCGUGGUGAAUUGACCCGUGACUUCCGUCACUUGACGCUUGACAUGCGUCGUGUCAACAAGGAGCAGAUCCGCGUGGACCUGUGGUUCGGCAACCGUAAGCAGCUUGCUUGCGUCCGUACGGUUUGCUCGUUGAUUGAGAACAUGAUCACGGGUGUCCGUGUCGGUUACCUAUACAAGAUGCGCUUCGUGUACGCCCAUUUUCCCAUCAAUGUGACGUUUGACAACAACGUCGUGGAGAUCCGCAACUUUCUGGGUGAAAAGCGUGUGCGUCGCGUGGCUUUAUCCGAGGGUGUCCAGUACGUGCGCACGGGUGAUGUGAAGGACCAGAUUGAACUGAGCGGCAUUGAUCUUCAGAAGGUCUCACAGGAUGCUGCCAACAUCACGCAGGCCUGCUUGGUCCGUCGCAAGGAUAUCCGUAAGUUCCUUGAUGGUAUCUACGUGUCCGAGAAGACCAAUAUCGAGAUUGAAGAGAACUAA